GCUACAUUUUUAAUGCAAACCCAAUCGCCAUUUUCUUACACCCAAGGGGUGCCGCUUAAUUUCCCACAAACCAAAACCCUAGAGCUUCUUGCUUUCUUCCGAGAGCGGCGUUGUCAGCUCUGCACCUCCAAGAUGUCGAAGCGAGGACGUGGAGGAACGGCAGGGAACAAGUUCCGGAUGUCUCUGGGUCUUCCGGUGGCAGCGACGGUAAACUGUGCCGACAACACCGGGGCUAAGAACCUUUACAUCAUCUCCGUCAAGGGGAUCAAGGGCCGGCUCAACCGCCUGCCCUCCGCUUGCGUCGGGGACAUGGUCAUGGCCACCGUCAAGAAGGGGAAGCCUGACCUCCGGAAGAAGGUCAUGCCCGCCGUCAUUGUCCGUCAGAGAAAGCCUUGGCGCCGAAAGGACGGUGUUUACAUGUACUUUGAAGAUAAUGCAGGAGUGAUUGUCAAUCCGAAGGGUGAAAUGAAAGGAUCUGCAAUUACCGGACCCAUUGGAAAAGAAUGUGCGGACCUGUGGCCAAGAAUUGCUAGUGCGGCAAAUGCUAUUGUGUAAUGUCAUAUUACUGGUGUCGGAGUUUUUGCAUUAUGUUUCAUUUGCUUCAAGAACUAUUGAGGUCCAAAGUUGUUUGUUUAAAACUUGAUUGCCUAGUUGUUUAGUUCGCUCACAUUGCGAGCGUUUUUCUAUUAUCUCUCUGUUUGAUGCUCGCGUUCUUGGUGAACUCUUUUCAAGUAUAAACAAAUGUUAUUCCUCUGAUUUUAUUUA